AUGCUCAGCAUCAAACGGCAUUCAGCAUUCGUUACGACAAUGUGUCCAGACAAACAGCAAAUUUGGCAGGUUUUGCGGUGUUUAGUGUGCUUAGUUUAUUUCAUUACAGAACUUGCUGGCGCGGCACGAAUAAUCAACACUGAUUACGAUUUCAACACAGAAAAUGCGCGCGAAAUUUUACGACUUUCAAAGGCUGCAGAAAUGGUUAAUUAUAUGCGACCUUGGAUGGAUCCUUGCGAUGACUUUUAUCGUUAUGCCUGUGGUAACUGGCAGGAUAUAAACCCAGCGCGCUUUUCGGAUGGGAAAACUGGCUUAUUUAAUGAGUUAAAGAACGCCUACAACAGGCGCGUGGUGCGUUGGAUUCGUAAACCGAAACGGACUAGCGAAUCAGAUAUGGAUCGCAAAGUAAAGUAUUUCUUUGAGUCUUGCAUGAAUAAAGCAGAUUUACGAAAAAACUACCGACAAAAGUUGCUUUCUGUAUUAGAAGAAUUCGGGGGUAUGCCGGCAUUGAAGGGAUCACUUUGGGAGGCUGAUAAAUUCGAUUGGUUGGAAGUGGUUGCAGUUAUUAUCCGAAAGUAUGGUAAACAGAUCAUUUUAGGCGCAGAUGUAUUCGCCGAUUUGACCAACAAUGAAGUAAAUCGUUUAUAUUUGGGUCAACUAGAUAAGUUGGUAACACCACGAGCUGCUGAAUAUUACGUGGUGUUAGCUGUCGCCAGGCAAAUGGAAAUGCACACAGUAUUAGGAAUGAGCAUGCAGGUGGCCUCCAAAACAGCGACGGAAAUUGUUGAUUUUGAAAGGAGACUUGCGGAAGGUAAGAUCGAAGCAGAUAGGGGUUUUGGCUUGGAAUACAAAACUCAACUGACUCUACUUGAAGUGAUGACCGAUAACUAUAAACCGACGAUAAAUUUUACACAUUUCGUCAAUGUAUGGCUGGGUUAUCCAUAUGUGCUGCCUGUUUAUGUAUAUGUGGAAUCAUAUAUAAACAACUUGCGCAGAGUUAUCGAGGAAACACCUAAAGAAAUUGUUGCUAAUUAUAUUAUGUGGGAGCUAUUACAGGAUUUUCGUAUGGAAGUAAAUGAUUCCGACGACAAGCAUCGAAACAAAUGCGUGGACCGAACCAAACGUUUCUUUGUGAAAUACUUGGACCACGUAAUAUACCAACAAUUAUUCACCCAAAACCAACAAAUUUUUGCGGAAAUACGAAUGCUAUGGUUUGAAUUAAAAAAUGCUUUUGGUGAAUUAUUGAAAUCGGAAGUAAACAAUUGGUUGUCGGUCGUCACACGUGACAAAGCAUUGGAGAAAUUAUCGGCCAUGUCCAUGGAGAUUAAUUCAUAUGAGCAAGAAAAUUUCGAGCAACAAUACGAUGUUUUGGUAAUCAGCACUGAUAGCUACUUCGAUAAUGUCGUCAAUAUUUUAGAGUUACAGGGGCGCAAUUAUCGUUUGCGUCUUUUAGAAGCUCCAAAACUUGAUGUGGGAGAAACUCUUAGCUUCUCUCCUGCCUACGCAGCUGAAUAUAACAGAGUUCUUAUUCCAGUCUCCUUUCUGCAACCGCAUUUUCUUUGGGACCAUGCAUAUCCGUCAACAGUCAAAUACUCCACUAUGGGCUUUGUUAUUGCACAUGAAAUGGCUCACGGUUUCGAUGAUAUAGCACGUAAAUACGACACCCGAGGCAACCUCAACAACUGGUGGGAUCGUACUUCUACCGAUGAGUUUUCCAAACGAAAGGAAUGCCUUAGGCAGCAGUACAGCGGAUACCGGUAUAAUGGUCGCAAAUUGCCAAUAAUAAAUGCCCAGGAUGAAAAUAUCGCUGACAAUGUGGGCCUACGUAUUGCCUACAACGCGUUUCAGCACUGGAUUAGGCAGCAUAGAGAUAAUUCGACGAUAAUGCAGCAAGAGAGACUGCCAAACAUUAAUUUGUCGCCGCAACAAUUAUUCUUCUUGAGCCUAGGCCAAGUUUGGUGUACCGAUGUGAAUCGCAAUUGGCGUGAAAUUAUAAUUGCGACUGAUGUGCAUCCACCCGAGGAGGUGCGCGUUAUUGGAAUGCUCUCGAAUUUCGAUGAAUUCGGAAAGGAAUUUCACUGUAAACCAAAUGCGCGAAUGAUCCCGAAGCGAAAAUGUGUUGUGUAUUGAAAAUAUAUUGCGGUGUAGGGCAUCAAUAUUCUUGGAUUAAAUGUAUAAUAGCUACAAGUACAUACGAGUACUUGUGUACUAUAAUAACUAUUUUAUGUACGAGUUAUCUUUGGCUAUUAUAAUUCUAAUGACCAUGCUUUUACGGAAGUGUUCAAACCUAACAUCGAAACUACAAAGUACAAUGUCAAGUACGGCUCUUGUUGAUUCUAAAAUGUAUACUUUCGUUAUCGCUUAAGAAUGAGUAAAACUUGUGAAUAUGUGUGCCGAAUUGAAGAGAUAUUUAUAUAUUAUAUUAUAAAAGAGAACAUAC